AUGGUGUUAGAAAAUAUUAUAGUACCAUCACUUUAUGUAAUUAAAGGUAUUAUUAUUUUAGAUAACGAUGGCAAUCGUAUAUUCUCUAAAUAUUAUAGUCAAUCAUUUUCAACAGUAAAAGAACAAAAAGAAUUUGAAAAAUCAUUAUUUAAUAAAACCCAUAAAGGUACUGGAGAUGUUAUUCUUCUUGAUAAUUGGACAAUUGUCUAUCGAAACAAUGUUGAUUUACUUUUCUAUGUAAUGGGUAGUACAAAUGAAAAUGAAUUAAUGUUAAAUAGUGUUUUAACAUGUUUAUUUGAUUCAUUAAGUGGAAUGUUACGAAAGAAUGUUGAAAAAAGAUUUCUUUAUGAUAAUCUUGAUUUAGUUAUAUUGACAAUUGAUGAAAUAUGUGAUGAAGGAAUUAUUCUCGAAUCAGAUCCAAUGGUAAUCAUGCAACGUGUUCAGAUACGUCAAGAUGAUAUCCCAUUAGGCGAACAGACUGUUUCUCAAGUACUCAAUCAUGCGAAAGAGCAAAUCAAAUGGUCAUUACUCAAAUGA